AUGAAGACUCUCUUCGAGGACCUCCCCGUAUCUCUAUAUGUGACUUUUCUUUUUAUCGUCCCUGUUCUCUUCUUUUACUACAUCCUAGGUGUUGUCAGAGCUGUGAGAUCACCUCUCUCACAUAUUCCAGGGCCAUGGUAUGCGCCUUUGACUACAUUACAUCUCAAUUAUGCAUUUGCAAAGGGGACAAUAUGGAAAAAUGUGGAAAGGUCACAUGUCAAGUACGGCCCUAUCUUUCGCCUUGGACCACGACAAGUGUGGACAUCAGAUAAAGAAGCAUUGAAGGUCAUUUUGAUGACGACCGACCUUCCAAAGGUCACAAUGUAUGCUGAGAUUUCUAGAGAUCGGACCAGUCCUGGCCUCUUUGGGGAGAUUCGACCUGAUCCUCACAAGAAGCUAAAGAAGUUCUUAUCACCGGCAUUCACCGUUGCAUAUGUUGACGGCCUUGAAUUCCUUUUUUCAAAAUGCGUCCAAGAUCUUAUCAACCGAUACGUGGAUAUAUUGCCAUCUUCUCCAUCUUGUGGGGAGAGUGACCUAGUGGUCACGGAUAUCAUGGACGACCUCCAUAACUUGGCACUCGACAUCAUGGGCGAAUGUUCAUUUGGCAAUGGUUUCGGGCAGACCGACAGAAACAAAGAAAUGGAUCUUGAAUUUGAUGAAAGAAUUUGGAAAAGAAUACCAUCAGCCAUCUUCAAAGGCAUGACCCGCAGAUACCAGCUUACACAUGCUCAGUUCGUUUACAUAAAACGUCUUUUGAGAAACUUUGGCGUGAAUUUGGAAUUUGACUGGCCACGAGAGAUGAUUGCCGCCAUCUCUGCUGUCGCAGGUCACAGAAAGUCUUAUCCAGAACUUACUCGCCCCGAUCUUCUCCAACAUCUUCUAGAGAAUGGACAAAAGGCAGACAGCGGAGUAAAAAUGGGAACAAGAGAGGUCGUUGAUCAGAUGGCCGAGAUACUUUUGGCCGGAUCGGAAACUACUUCUGGGACUAUCGCUUGCUUCUUUUUAGAGAUAUUGAGAAACCCAGAAGUGAAGAACAACCUGAUGAAAACUCUGCCAGUACAUCGACCAACCGACCCAAUCAUUUCAAGCAAAACAGUCCGAACCAGUACUCAGUAUCGGUACCUGGAGGCAUGCAUCAAAGAGGUCCUCCGUUUACAUCCCAUAGCUUCGGAAAUGGGACGUCGGACGGGAAACAGCCCAAUUGAGAUAAUGGGCUACUAUGUACCUGCUCAUACAGUUGUGUCUGCUUCUUAUAGGCAGCUUCAUCGAAACUCGGAAUACUGGCCCGAGCCUAUGCGAUUUUGGCCAGAAAGAUGGUUAGAAAACCGGCCGAGCGGUGUACCAGCACCCGAUAUGCAAGCUUACUAUCCGUUUUCUGCGGGCAAGCACUCCUGUAUUGGCAAAAAUUUCGCUAUGGCGGAAAUCAGAAUGUUGACUGCCAAUAUACUUUCGCGGUUUGAUUUCAAUGAGGUACCUGGUCAGCAAAUUGAUUACAGGCAGUAUAUCACGAUGCAGUUCGAACAUGGAUCUUGGAAAGCGUUUUUAACGCCGAGAUAUACUGUCUGA